UUUCAGUCUUUCUCAGUCCCCUUCCUCCCGCAAUGAAACAGAAUACAUAAAAAGCCUCUAGCUCACCAUUUUCUCUGCAAAUCUUUUUCCCCUCUUCUGCAAAACCCUGUCUUCUUCUUCCUGAUCGCAUCCAUGUGGCAUAAUCGAACUAAUACCAAGAUUAGGGUUCUUACUGAUUCUUGCUCCACUUUCUCCUUCAAAGAUAUACAAACCCUAUUCGCCGACGAUCCGACCCGACUGAACAACCCGGCUCACUUCUCCAAACACUAUAUCAUUCACCGGGUCCGCCUCGCCAACGCUCUCCUCCGUGCUCUAUCCCCUCAGCCGGAGCCCUUUCCCGUUCCUCAAUCUCUGCCGGAGAUCUCUCUCCCGGGAUCCGAGAAGCAAAUCGUCGUCUACUCCACCAGCCUCCGUGUGGUCCGCCGGACUUUCAGCGAUUGCAGAGAUGUCCUCUCGAUCCUGCGGAGCUACCGCGUUUCGAUCGACGAGCGGGAUUUGUGCGCCGACGCCGGAUUCGUGGACGAGCUGCAGAGGAUUCUCGGCGUCCGUGAAAGGACGAAGUUAACCUUGCCGCAGGUCUUCAUCAGGGGGAGGUACAUUGGCGGCGCGGCGGAGAUCCGGCGCCUCCACGAGGCCGGGGAGCUGAAGAAGUGCGUGGAAGGUCUUCCGCCGGCGAGUCCCGACGCGUGCGAAAUGUGCGGCGGCCACAGAUAUAUCCUCUGCGACGAGUGUAGCGGAAGCCGUAAGGGCUUCUGCGGCGAUAAGCUCGGCGGGUUCAGCACGUGUACGGCGUGCGGUCAAAGUGGUCUGACCAUCUGCCCGUCUUGUGCGCCCUUCUGAGCCGUCCGAUUUGGAUUUACUAGGUGACGUAGAAUUAGAUUUAAAAAAACGAUUUGUACCACUUUUGUACACAUAAACUUAUAUUCGUAUAUUAGUCCCUGGGUCUGGAAAUAAUUGUAUGGUUCCUUUUAGCACAAAUUUUAAGAAAGUGAUUAAAAAUGUAAAAAUUAUAAUU